AUGAGAGAGCUUGUCCUUCUCCUUGGCCUAUUCGCCUUCAGCCUUGCAGCUCCUUCAUCCAUCGACGCAACCUACUCGGAUGAUGUGGCUCGCAACAAAAUGCUGCCGCUAUCGUCGGCAGCGUACUCGAAUUCACCACAAAACUGUCUCACGAAUAAAUUUACCAAUGCUGUGCUAAAAAGACAAUUGAAUAUAAAAUGUGAUCUGUUCAAAACUGAUGUUUGCUCGGGAUUCUCAGCUGUUCUGAAUGGUGACAACGCAAUUGUACUCGGAUUCAGAGGAACCGACGGAUUCCUUCAACUUGUUCAGGAAGCAGAUAAAAGUGUUCUCAAGAGUCAGGUAUCCUGGAUUGCUGGCGGAAAAGUGUCAAAAUACUUUAAUGACGCCUUUAUGUCUAUUUGGAAUGGAGGAAUGAAGGAUGAUUUCAACACUUUGCGAGCAAAAUAUCCUACGUAUCAAGUUUGGGUUACCGGCCAUUCUCUCGGAGGUGCCAUGGCAUCACUGGCUGCGUCAUACAUCGUAGCAGCCAAACUGGUCCCAGCAGCUAACGUGGAACUGGUCACAUUCGGUCAGCCAAGGACCGGAAACAAGGAAUUCUCCGCCGCUCACGACAGUCAGAUGCCAUAUUCCUUCCGCGUGACUCAUUGGAGAGAUGUUGUUCCACAUAUUCCGUUGGAAGACAUGGAAGGAUACUAUCAUCAUAAAUUUGAGGCAUUCUACCACAACAACAUGAAGAAUGGCGCUACCUUCAAGGUUUGCUCAGCUGAUGAGGAUAACGGAUGCAGUGACGGUCUCGACAUUACUACCUCAAUUUCGGAUCAUACACACUAUUUUGAUGUUGAUGUUAGUGAUUACGGUGCGAAAGGAUGCAAAUAG